UCAGCUGUGUUUGCAAUUUAGGUUUAUUUUUAAGUUUACUUUGGCGUUGCUAAUAAAACCAACCUGCCGGGCGCCUCUUCAUGUUCGUCGGUGGGCGUAUUCAGCUUAUAUUAAUUGGUGUGCCGCAGAUAAGGCGGAUUCGUAAACAAACGACGGCGAGCGCAGGCAAACAUGUUGACACUCGGCUCGAGCAGCCAGCAGUCGUGUUUUGGAAGUCCGCCUAGUCGGAACCCUCGAUUUCUGCGGAUUGUGCGUUUUUCGGUUUAAGCUAAACAUGCGACGAGUUCCCAGGCGUUCUAUUUAGGCGACGAGCGGAAAGUGUUAAUUCUUGAAACAACAAAUAUCGCCCGAUGCAGCGGAUUCCAAUUGGCGGAGAAACGUGAUCCCGGGUACAAACACAUAAACAACACCUGCAUGCAUUCGAAUUCGCCCGUGUGUGUGUGAGGCACAUGCUUUUUCUGCCUGCCCUCGCAUUUUUUGUGAAUGAACUGGAAAACGCGCUAAUUUAGCACCGAUAUAAAGCCAUUCGGUAUUGAUCUUUGUGCCGCGGGUCAACGUAAUUACGCCGAAAUGAAGGCCACCGUCGAUAAGGAGCUGCUGCCCAUGAAGGCGCACUACUUUCUCUUCAAUGCCGGCACCGCUCCCGUCGUCCCCUUCAUGCCCACUUUAGCCGGGCAGCUGGGAUACUCCCCCGCUGUUGUGGGAACCAUGUACACGAUUCUGCCCAUCAUCGGAAUGCUGGCGAAGCCCCUAUUCGGUUACAUUGCAGACCGGUACCAUCGCCACCGAUCGCUCUUCCUGGGUGGCCAGGUGCUCACGGGCAUCGCCUUCUUCCUCAUAAUGUUCGUGCCGGGAAUGGAGAAGCCGCUGCCCAAGGUGGAGUUCCACUGCCACCAGGGUGUCUCCGACGUGAGAUUCUGCUCCGAGUACGGCGAGUGCGUCGAGCGGAAUCUUGAGCGGUACUAUGGAAAUCGGACGCUGAACUGCCACAUGAACUGCGAGGCCCAGCCCUUCAUGUGGGACAUUGUGUGCCAGGAUUGGUUGCAGAACAAGACGGCCGAUUGUGCCGCCAAUCGCACCAACAGCCAGCUGGAAUUCGGGACCAAUAUCAACAUGAACAAGAUUGAGAAGGAUAAAAGCUGCAUGUUCUUCAUGGUUCCCCACGAUCAUGGUCAAGUGGCGGGCCAAAAUGUGACGCUAUAUUGCCCAACGGACAAGGAGUACUUCAAGGCCAAUUGCACCAUGGACUGCCAGGAGGAUUACCUUAAGGAGCAGCUGGCGGAGAGUGCUGUGAUUAAUACGAGUAGUGCUAUGGCCAUGCCGCAGUUCUGGCUGUUCUUCGGCCUGCUCAUCUUCAGCUGGAUCGGCAUGGCGGUGGUGGUCAGCAUCGGAGAUGCCAUCUGCUUUGGCAUCCUCGGGGAGCGUCAUCAUCUGUACGGCAAACAGCGCUUGUGCGGCUCCCUGGGUUGGGGAGUCUUUGCCCUGCUGGCCGGUCUCCUUGUGGAUCACAUGUCCCUGGGUGAGGUGGACAAGAACUACACGGCUGUAUUUUGGAUGGCUUUGCUCAUCAUGGGAUUCGAUGUGUUUGCCUCGUCCAAGUUGAGGCACACUCCCACCCACUUGUCCUCGAACAUUGUGAAGGACGUGGGUCAGAUGUUCCUCUCCGUUCGCUGCGUCAUCUUCUUCUUGUGGUGCGUCGCAAUUGGACUUGGAACGGCGCUGAUCUGGAACUUUCUGUUCAUCUACCUGGAGCAGCUGGACAAGGCGUUCGAAGGGUGUGAUAGCUCGAUUAAGACCCUGGAAGGCUUGGUCAUGGGCAUCCAGUGCUUUGGCGGCGAGCUGCCCUUCUUUUUCCUCUCCGGAUGGAUUCUGAAGAAGAUCGGACAUGUGAAUGCCAUGAGUCUGGUGCUCUUUGGAUUCGGAGUGCGAUUUAUUCUGUACUCGAUGCUGCAGAAUCCCUGGUACAUCCUGCCCAUCGAACUGUUGAACGGCGUGACCUUUGGGCUCUUUUACGCCACGAUGGCCUCAUAUGCGAGCAUUGUGGCACCGCCGGGAACGGAUGCAACGAUGCAGAGUCUGGUUGGUGCGAUUUUCGAGGGCGUAGGUGUCUCCAUGGGCAGCCUGAUCGGUGGACAGCUCUUUGAAUCGGUUUCUGCGCGUACCACUUUUGAGAUCUUCGGAAUAGGCGCCUUCAUUAUCUUCGUAAUCCACGUGUCCCUUCAACUGUACCUGCAGCGUAAUAGAAACAUCGACGAAAAUGGUAAGGGUAGGGUCUCUACUGCCACCGCUACUCCCUCAGCCUCUGCAUCUUUGGAGACGGACAAGCCUAAAAAUACUGACAAUAAAGACGGUGACGAGUUCCGCGAAGUCGACCUGACUUGAUGCUGACCAAGAUCCCCUUCAUCCUUUUUUAUCUCUGUAUAAAUGGGAUAAUUUUACGAGAAGGCUAGCUUCCUAAAGUAUUAACCCUUUAAAAUGCAGUGUAGAUAGUAAAAUCCCCAUUUGGCAAAUGU